CCUGCUCACCGACACUCUCUUGCACUGUUUGUCUGUCAUUUUCGCUGCCCUUUGCUUGAUCUUGGACUUGAAGAGUGGAGUUUGAGUGCUACCAGCCAAGCUUUAUCCAAGCAAGCGUCCUUUCGUUCCGUAAAAAAGAAUUUCGCUGGGAAGGGGCUCUCUUUCGCGCGCGGCCCCAGCAAGCCCUCAUUUCAUCCGUUCGUUCCUUUUUCGUAACCAGUGCAACUUUUGUGAUCUGCCACUUCUUCCCCUCCCGUCCCACUCGGCUUGCACGAGUACUUCCUAUUUUUUUUCUUCUCCCGUCUUCUCACCACUUUUUAAACUAACGCUUCCCCCUCACCCUCGUUUUAUUACUGCUGGAAAUUUGGACGGACGGUCGGGAGAACCUGGUUUACGUUUUGAAAGGCAUAGGCAGAGAGCAAAGGAGAAGUUGGGAAAAGAUAGGAUAGAGUGCAGAGGGAAGGGCACUCGACAACCGAGGAAACAAUAUUCAAAUCACGACUCAGCAAAGCCGUCCACCUCCCACAACCCAAGGGCAAGCGCACAACAAAACUAAUGUCUCCAUCUUCCUCGCAACAGUAAUAUAUUCUAGUGAAAGACAAUGACAGCCAGCAGUCCCCCAUUGCUCCGAAUAUGCCUCGGCCGUCGCUCCCGUCUCCACAACAUCACUCCAAAUCACUCGCCCCUUCUCCUCCUCAUCCUCAUAGCGCUGCUCCUCGUACCUUCACAGGUCCUUGCGCAGAAUUCACCAACCCCAACGAGCAUUUCCCCCAGCUCCGCCUCUGGCACGGCUGGCGCUGGUGGUUUAACAGUGGAAUCCAGUGACUCCUCCAACGAAACAUGGCCAAGGCUCUUUGACUCAACAAGUAUUAGCGCGAAUAGUUCGUCGGACUCAUGCCCGACCUUCUUUAGUAGGUUCCUGGCGGAUAAAGUCUUCUUGGAUUGCUUGCCGUUGUCAGGUCUUCUCCUGAACUCGCUGAGUUAUUUCGAAGUCACGAAAAAGGGGACCUUCGCGACAGCGAGGGUGGUCGACAAAACUUGCAAUGUUCCCUUGGCCACAUGCACCGAGGUGAUGGAGAAGCUGGGUCGGCAAAUCACCCUUGACGAGAAUUGUGGGCAGGAUUUCAGGAAUCAGAACCCCAUUGUUGUCCAGGCCUACGCAGCGUUUAUUUCCUAUCGUGUGGUGUAUUCCGCUGGGUGUUUGAAGUCGGCUUCUGGGUCCUAUUGCUAUGUCGACGCCAUCACGAAUACCACCAGUCCGAGCGAUUCUUAUGUGUAUUACUUGCCACUGGGGAUCAAAUUUCCUGGGGGGUCUAGACCCACCUGUUCCCCCUGCCUUUCCCAGACAAUGGCAAUUUUUGCCGCUACGGCCGGAAAUUCUUCACAGCCGUUAUCAACCACCUACGUUCCCGCAGCGGAGCAAAUUAACCUUGGUUGUGGUCCCAACUUUGUCAAUUCAACGGUGGAACCCCUGAGCGAUGCCUCGGCGAGUUCUCCGAGGCUCACUAUCGUCGCUGCUGCUGCGGUCUUGAGUGCCUUGCUCGUGCUAAUGUAGAGAGAGAUUUUUUAUUUUAUUUUAUUUUAUUUUAUACCGCACAAAUACAGUAAUCAAAAGAGAACGGAAACAUUAUUCUUUUCAAACUUAUCAUUUGGUAGGGUGGAUUGUAUACCAUAUUUUUUGAAUAAGGUGUUCUAGGGAGGUUUUUUUCCUUUUUUCUUUUACAUUCCUUUUCUCAUGUAGGAUGGACUUAUUUUUCAUUUUCAUUUUCUUCCUUCUCAUGGUGAGGGUGUUUUUUUGUUCCCCAUUGACAUUGGAUUUGAUCGGAUAAGGUUUGACUGGGCUUGUAUUUGCUAUCUUGUUUGCGUUUAUUAUUCUCUUUGUAGUAUAUUGGUAUGAAUAUAGGACGAAACUUUGCCACAGU